UAUUGUUUUCAGGGACACAUAUUCAGGUUCAUAUAUCUAACCUUAUCAAUCCACACGUACAUCGCAGAGUCAGAGACUUAGACCACUCACAUAUCGAUCGGUUAAAAAUGGCUUUUAAAACAUCGUACAGGGCGGAAUUCAACUGUAUGGUUGGCAUGGUUGUGAACAAACCGCCAACAUUGGAUGAUUUUGCAUUUCCUGGAAGUUCAACUGUAGAGGUUCUAGGUGGGAACCACUCAAGAGUAGCGCUCCAAGAGUUGAAUUUGCAACAAUGUGUGACCAUGGUGCUGUAUGAAAACCUUUCUGAUGCACAAGCAUUAACUAUCGGUUUAGAACAUAACCGAACCAAUGAAAAUGCGAAGCUGAUGAAUUUUGAAGACGAUGUUCUUCUAUUUAGAAAUGUUCUUGAAUCAAAAAGAAAAGAGAAUUCCGAGAAAACUAAACGUCAGAUCUCAAUUAUAUGGAGAUCUGACUUAUGUGGAAUAACUCAAAGAAAUAAAGUGGAAUUAAGGAAUUCUUACAAGAUCCAUAUGCAUUUAGCAUCGCUACAAAAAGAUGAAUGGAAUGCGCUAAUAAAUGUUUUUGAUGCUUUUAGGAAGAAAACAAUAAAAGGUCUCAAAAAAGUCGACAAUGUAACACAAUACAUGUUUAGGAUGUUCAUAAGACUUCCCAGUGACAGUGUUAAGAGGAAUCUUCUUUUAGAAUUAGGAUCCGGUGAAAUCACACCUCAUGAGUUUAGGAUGAAGAUCAAGAGAAUUGUAGACCAGAAACAAAUAGAUUUGGCGGAGACGGAGGAUAUUGCCAAAGAUAAUGAGAUGGAGUUAAGCACGGAAGAUUCACUUUCAGCAAACGAUCAAAGAUACACUGAGGAAGAAGCAUAUAAUUUUGUGGAUAUCCAGCAAGAACAAACCUCACACCGGACCAAGAUGGAUAACCACGAACAAUUAGAAGAGGAUAUGAAAUACAUAACAGACAGUUUGAAAAGGGAAAAGGAACUUCGGAAAAUGGCUUUUGUUACGAUUGAAGCGAAGGAGACACUUAUAAAAGAGAAGGAUAAAAAAAUUUUGGAGCUCGAGGAUAGAGACAAACUUCAACAGAAGACAAACAAAGAAUAUAUGAUAAAGCAAAAUCUAGAACUUGAAAAAUAUAAGCUGCAAAUUCGACAAUUGACAAUGAAGACAGAUCUUCUUCAAAAAGAGUUAGAAAGAGAAAAGAUAAGAUGUAAAGCAGCAGAGGAAACUGCAGCUAGAGCAAGGGCUCAAUUUCUUAAAAAUACCAACGUAAGUUUGUUUCUAUGUUAUCUAUGUUAUAACUAUAUUCCAAGGCAUUUCUAA